AUGGGUGCCCUCAGCCGCCUUCUCCCUGUGGUCCUGGUGAUCCUGUUGGUUGUCGCCCUUGCCGCCGUCGGUCUAGUGAUUUACAGCAUCGCUAUGGAUGUGAAAGAUAACACCAAGAAGAAGAUGGAGAAGAAGAACGUUGCAUUUUCAAGAGAGGGCGCCAAGGUUGGUGUCAAGGAAAUGCAGGCGGAGGAGUACCAGGACAGAACACAAAGUGUCCUGGUCAACAUGUGGGAGAAUUCCGGUACCGGCCAGACCAGGGGAAGGAAGAAGAAGGCCUGA